AUGAAUUCAACUAAUAGAAGUUACUACCAACUAAAUGCAUCAAACAUAUUAUCAACGAAGAGAGUUCCUAGUCUGACUCCACCCAAAAAUUACCCAAUGAGUAUUUCAAAGGAAAAAAUAACUAAAUAAGUCAAGGAUAAGGCAAUUAGUGGGAAUAGCUAAUAAAAAAGUGAAGUAUUCAAUUUGCCUAUGCAAAAUGGACUAUUUCUAUAACAACAAAAUGCCAUUCUAUCUGCAAGAAAAGCCACAAUAAAUUUGAGUGACAGUUCAGAUAAAUUAAGAAAGACAUCUCCCAAUGAUAAAAGAUCUCCCAUCAAUCCCAGAUUGUCUACUUUAUAAAAAAAUAAACAAAUUAGCAUCUCCCAAUCAUAAUAAGCAAUUGCAUAAGUCUUGGCUAAAAUGUAAGAGAAUGAUAAUAUAUCCUACAUGAAUAAAUAAUUGUAUCAUAAUCCUGAAAUUGAAUCUACUUAAAAAAGUACAAUCAACAGCAGAGAAUAUACGAACAAUUCAUCAAAACAUAAAACUGAAGAUUAUCAAAAACUUUAAAGAGAGAAUUUGAUUCUUUAAAGGAAAGUAGUAGAACUAGAACAAAAAAUUUUAGCUUUAGAAUCAGUGAAUCAAUAAUUACUUAAUUUAGUUAAAUCAUGUGAUUGUCAUCAAACCUAAUUAAGAGAAUUAGAAAUUACAAUCUGUAAUUUGAAUUAUCUCAAGGAAACAGUAAAUCCAAUUUAAAUUUAAAAUAUAACAUCUCUAGAUACGUAAUCUAAUACAGACCUUAAAAAAAAACUCUCAUAUUCUUAAGAUUAUUCAGAAAUUAAGCCAUAAACUUUAUUUACUAAUCAUAAUUCGACUAAAGUGAUUGAACAAUUUAUAGAGCAGCAUUAACUAAAUCAAUCAGAAUUAAAUGUCUUUAAAGAUUUAACAAAAAAAAUGGAUGAUAAACAUAUGCCCAUACCAUCAGUACUUAAAGCAUUAACCUUAGUUAUUAAUGUAUGA